CAUCAUUUCCCCCCAUUUUUUUUUUCAUUUCAAAACCCUAACCCUAAAACUUGAGAAACUUUCUCAAAUCGAAGAAAUCAGCGAGAUCUGAGAAUGUUGGAGUUGCGGUUGGUUCAGGGUUCGCUAUUGAAGAAGGUCCUUGAGGCGCUCAAGGACCUCGUCACUGAUGCCAACUUCGAUUGUUCGGCGACUGGGUUCUCUCUCCAGGCCAUGGAUUCGAGCCAUGUGGCCCUGGUGGCGCUGCUGCUCAGAUCGGAGGGCUUUGAGCACUACCGAUGUGAUAGGAAUCUUUCUAUGGGUAUGAACCUCAACAACAUGUCCAAGAUGCUCAAGUGUGCCGGAAAUGAUGAUAUCAUUACUAUCAAGGCCGACGAUGGCAGUGACACUGUCACCUUCAUGUUUGAAAGUCCCACGCAAGACAAAAUUGCUGACUUUGAGAUGAAGCUAAUGGACAUUGAUAGUGAACAUCUCGGUAUUCCAGAAGCCGAAUACCAUGCUAUUGUUAGGAUGCCUUCAUCUGAGUUUGCUAGAAUUUGUAAAGAUCUUAGCAGCAUUGGUGAUACUGUUGUCAUUUCUGUGACCAAGGAGGGUGUUAAGUUCUCCACAAGAGGAGAUAUUGGGACUGCUAACAUAGUUUGCAGGCAAAAUUCAACAGUAGAUAAGCCAGAAGAAGCAACAGUUAUAGAGAUGAAUGAGCCAGUUUCUUUGACGUUUGCUCUGAGGUAUAUGAAUUCCUUUACAAAGGCAACUCCAUUGUCAAACACUGUUACGAUCAGCUUGUCCUCUGAAUUGCCUGUUGUGGUUGAGUACAAGAUCGCAGAGAUGGGUUAUGUUAGGUUCUACUUGGCUCCUAAGAUAGAAGAGGACGAAGAAGAGACGAAGGCUUGAGUUUAGAACAGCUAGUUUUGCUAUUAACCCUGGUUGCUCUGUUUAAAGUUAAUUAGAAGUUUUUCUUGUACAAUUCGUCCAGGGUUAUUCACUUCUUUAACUAGUCAAAUCUGUAGUUUUAGAUGAUUUCCCAAAUUUAUCAGUAUUUUUCUUUUGUUGUGUAAAACAAUGUUAUUUUAAUGUUCAUUGUUUGUUUA